GUUUAGUAUUUAGCUGGUAUAAAAGUAACAUCACACUCGCAAUGUUGCUGUUGUUCUGCAUAUCAGCGUAGCCGCUGUGCUUUGUCCUUACUAUGUAAUCUAAAUGACAAUGUUCGUGUUGUGAAACCGCUUUUAAUUAAAAAUCAGCAACGAUAAGCUGAAUAUAAUCUAUUUUUAUUCCAUGGCAAUCAGAGCCCAGUGACACCGAGCAGGUCCAGCAGCAGAGAGGGCGCGUGGGGAGAAAACACGUCCAUGACAUCAUCCGCCUUGUUGUGAUUCCCGUUCCCACCGGGUUCGUCUCGUGGAUGCUAUCACAGGAUUCCCACACUGAUUUCCCCCGUGUGCAACUUCAGCUCCUCCCUUACGGUCUGAAGCCCACUCCAGCGUUGGUUUUACUUGCGGUAUCUUCUUUUUUCGCUCCGUGGUUUAGCUUUCGAUAUCGCCAUUGUUGGGUUCAGCAGAAGCGUUAUGAGGACGACUGAGAGAUGCUUCCGGUGUAAAAGUGAUAUCUUCAUGAAAGCUGUCGCGAAGAAGAGCUCUCCGCUGUGCUCAUGCGAUCGAGGCUAUUGUUAGAGGAGAUGAAACGGUGUCGGUUGGCGUGACACACCUGGGAUUGUUACAGCAGACCUCCGAGCACGUAUUUCUACUGUUCCCCACAUCCAUCGUGCCUGCAAGCGGAAAGGAUUCGUUUGUUUCGCCGAAAAUUAGUUAGAGAAGCCAUUCUAGUGUGUGUUAUUUCAUGGGGAUGUGUUCAAGGCAAGAGAGGAUUCAAAAAGACGUCGACAUCGUAAUUCAAAGGUGUAAGGCAGAAAAAGACUGCCUGUUUUCUGACUUUCGAUUCUCCGACUCCACGUUCACCUUCACCUACUCAAAAGGACCUAAAAGGGUGUCCUACUCUGUUCAUGUCUCUGAUGAUUAUCCAGAUAACACAUAUGUGUCUAACUCUGAAAACAAUGAUGAAGUGUUAGUCACAAGGGAUCCAAUACCAGUGAUUUUCCACAGAAUUGCAACAGAAAUACGCAUAAAUAACGAUGCCACCAGCUGUCUGUCUAUUAGAUCAAAACUUCAAACCGACAAAAACGUGUGCCAUUAUGCUAUAGAGGAGGAUUCAGAGGGUGACAAUGAUUCAGAGGAGUUCUACUAUGUAGGACAGGUAAAUUAUGAUGGAGAGCUUCACAAACACCCCCAGCUGGAGGCUGAUUUGGCAGCCGUGAGGGACUUAUAUGGCCAUCAUGCAGUAUCUCUCAGGGAAUAUGGUGCAAUUGAUGAUGUGGACAUCGACCUACACAUUGAUGUCACUUUCCUAGAUGAGGAGAUUGCACUUGCCUGGGAUGUAAUCCGGAGUGAACCUGUUAUUGUGCGGCUUCACUGCUCCCUCACACAGUAUCUGAAUGGACCAGUUCCCACUGUUGACGUGUUCCAAGUGUCUUCAAAAGACAGAUUUGGACUUGGGCAUCAGUUGAAAAAGGUAAUGCAAACCUUUGUCACACAGCAGUGGAAGUGUCAGAGCAAAGAUAAACUCAUCAGCCCACACAGCAAAAAGCUAAACGAGAGGAAGGUGAAGUCUCCCCUGCACAUUUUUUCAACUCUACGCAGAUCCCCCAGCUACCCUCCUCCUGGCUGUGUGAAAAGCAAAAAGAAGCUCAAACCUGAGCAGGAUGGCAUGUCGAAAUCCCACCGUCUGUUACGGCGAACAUGCUCCAGCACGGUGAAGCCAGAAAUGGACGGCUGCGUCGGCAAGUCGCACAAGCUCCUGGGCAAUUCCCUCUCCAGUGACCCGCGGAUGGAGCAACAUCAGCCCCUCAAGCAACCCCACCGGCUGCUGUCGAGGCCCUGCUCGACCGCUGUUAAACCGGAGGACUGCCCGCCGCUGCGGCCUCAUCGGUCGAGCGUGGCAGAGCCUCGCUGUGAACACGCUGCUGGCAGUAGCGAUGGCGGUGCUUUGAAGCCCCACCGGCUCCUGGGCCGCGCCUGCUCGGGCAGCGUGCGAACUGAAGAGCUGGAUGGCCUGAAGCACCACCACCGUCUGCUCAGCAGGUCCUACUCCAGCAGCACCAAGAUGGGGAAAAGCGACAUCUUUAAAGAACCUGUCACGGAGAGCAGACGCCUCUCCCUUACCUCAGGGCUAAUCGGCAUCCUAGCCCCAUCACUCUCUUCCACACCUCAGCCAAACUUCGGAGCCAAAUCCAUUCCAGUCAGAGACAGAGGUUUCCUUGUUCAGACUAUGGAGUAUGCAGAGCAGCGUAUCCCUGUACUGAAUGAGUUCUGUGUGGUCUGCGAUGAACCUCACGUGUUCCAAAAUGGACCAAUGCUAAGACCCACAGUGUGUGAGAGAGAGUUAUGUGUAUUCGCCUUCCAAACGUUAGGGGUCAUGAAUGAGGCUGCUGAUGAGAUUGCCACUGGUGCUCAGGUGGUAGACCUACUGGUCUCCAUGUGUCGAUCUGCACUGGAGUCUCCGAGGAAAGUUGUCAUUUUUGAGCCAUAUCCCUCUGUGGUGGAUCCCAUUGACUCACAAGCACUUGCCUUCAACCCCAGGAAAAAGGACUACGACCGAGUGAUGAGAGCACUUGACAGUAUCGCAUCUAUCAGAGAAAUGACCCAGGCUCCAUACCUGGAGAUAAAGAAACAAAUGGACAAGCAUGAUCCCCUGGCUCACCCACUGCUGCAGUGGCUUAACGUCUCAAGUGUAUGCUCUUACAUCUUAUUUUUCUCACAACAGCAACUGAAGUUCAUGCACACACCCCAUCAGUUCCUGCUGCUCAGUAGUCCGCCAGCCAAAGAAUCCAACUUUAGAGCUGCUAAAGGCCUCUUUGGGAGUACCUUUGCUUUCCAUGGAUCACACAUAGAAAACUGGCACUCCAUUUUGAGGAAUGGUUUGGUCGUGGCAUCAAACACGAGGCUUCAGCUCCAUGGCGCUAUCUAUGGGAUUGGAAUCUAUCUCAGUCCAUUAUCAAGCAUAUCCUUUGGCUACUCAGGGAUGAAUAAAAAACAGCAGAAAGUUGCUUCAAAAGAUGAAACUGCUGCCAACAAGUCCAAUAUUAAUUUGCAGUCACAGAAGAAAGGCCAGAACCCGCAGUUUCUGCAGAGCCGCAACCUGAAAUGCAUAGCCUUAUGUGAAGUUAUUACAUCUCCAGACCUGCACAAGCAUGGGGACAUCUGGGUAGUUCCAAAUACAGAUCAUGUCUGCACACGUUUUUUCUUUGUUUAUGAGGACGGACAGGUAGGUGACACAAGUAUAAACACACAGGACCCUGGCAUUAAUAGGGAGAUCUUGCGAGUCAUCGGCAAUCAAACGGCUACUGGAUGACAGAGUUUGAACACAAUACUGCUGCCUUGACCUCUUUCCCAAAGCCGGACAUUUGAGCGUAUGAGGCCAAUACCACAUGUAUUUUUGGUAACCACAAAUACACAAAAAAAAAAAAAAAAAAACAAGAAGCAUAUUCGCAAUCUUCAGAAUACAGUAUUUCUACUGUUACCCUGGGAUACAUGCAUAUUUACACUGGCUAUUCAAACUAUUACCAUUUUGCUAAGUUUAUAAAUACAAGGUACAUUUUGAAAGAGCAUGGUAUGUCUCUCAGUUCAACUGAUAGACUACUUAUUUUUUGUAAAGAAUACAAAAAAUGAAACACUUUGAAGAAUACAGUAUUUUGAGACUUUCCUGGAGAAAAUACAAUUUUCCUGUGAGAAUAUGCGCCAUCUGACCUUGUUUACUAAGAGUUGUACUUGUUAAAGUACAUUAAUUUGUGUAUACAAAAGGUGUCUACUGUAUAUGCACUUUAUUUUUCUUAAUUGUAUGAUAGUUGUUUCAAACUUCCAUAUAAUCUUAAAUGCCUUUGAAAGACAGACGUAUUUAUUGUUUGACAGUGCUGAACACAAGCGAGCAACUCCUGAUGUUGACUGCAUUUACAGCCAAUGGAGAGCUUUGACAAGUGUAGUUUAAAAACAAAAUCCCUGUGCUACAGCUAAUAUUUUCUGCUACUUAAAAGUAGCUGUCGGUUUACAAUUUCUAAAGGCCUCAGUUUAGAAUUUGCCCAGAUGUACUGAACCUGCCACUUCAUUAACGUCGUCAUUUUAAACGUACAGUAUUGCUGUAAGGUUUUCAUUUACGAGUGACUAUACCAAGUAUGAAAAAAGUAAGAUUAAAAAUACAAAAAAAUGAAAAGACUUUAUAUAUUCAGCAGCGACAACUAAACAUAAGAUGCAUGCUGCUUUCCUUACGUUUUCAGAUUUUUUUAAUAAUGGAUAAAAAUCGGCACCCAAUUGUAAAAUGUCUUUGAAUAUUUCAAUAUAAAACUUUUUUGUAAGGUGAUUUUAAGGCAGAAUAAGUGUUUGCUGCUUGUUGUUUAUACAUUGUAAUGUAUUAACAGAAGGUUCAAAUGUGUGAGUAUUCUGUUCGAUUUUUGCAAUUCUUUAUAGUGAUGUUUAGACACCUGUGUGGUUGUUAACUUUACUUUCGAAACAUUAAAUUGUUUGAUCAUUGAAA